GCAAAGAGAGAAAACUAAUGAGACGAUCGAUCCCACAGUUUCCUAUUUUCAAGCUUUCAAUUCAAACCCUAAUAUCCGAUUUUGGCGGUCACACCUGUCGUCUCAAUCGCAAACCUAUUUCUUCUCUCUCCUUCACGAUCCUUCUUCCUCUCUUAAGCUUUAUCUUCUUUCUUCCUCAUAAGGAAACUGUUUUCCCUUUUUGUCUUAGCAUCCGAUUGAAGGAAAGUUUGUUUUUGUCUUUAAUUAGGAUGGGUCGAGUGAAGCUAAAGAUAAAGAAACUAGAUAGCAUCAAUGCACGGCAAGCUACUUAUUGCAAAAGGAAAAAUGGGAUCAUGAAAAAGGCUAAAGAGUUGUCCAUCUUAUGCGAUAUAGAUGUUGUGCUUCUCAUGUUCUCUCCCGCGGGAAAGCCUUCCCUGUGCACCGGAGAACACAGCAUUGGAGAAGUCAUUGCUAAGUUUUCUCAACUUGCUCCGCAAGAAAGGGCAAAGAGGAAGUUGGAUAACCUUGAAGCCUUGAAGAAAACAUUCAUGAAGCUUGACCACGAUGUAAAUAUAUCAGAGUUUCUAGAGAGAAGUAAACCAACAGUUGAGGUUGUAAGCGAACAAGUCAGGUUUCUACAAAAACACUUAUCAGAAAUACACACAAGACUAAGCUAUUGGACUGAGGUCGAGAAGGUUGAUAGCAUAGAUGAUUUGCAGCAACUAGAAAAUUCUAUAAGACAGUCUUUGUAUCAAAUCCGUGUUCAUAAGGAGAACGUGCUGCAACAUCAGCAGCAGCAAGUUAUGUCCAUUGAAUGCAAAAACGAGUUGCAGAGUGACAUAGAUCUGGACUUUGGAAUUGAUAUAGAGCAACAGCUUGAGAAUUUCUCAUGGGUUCGUACAGAUGAAAACAUGAAGGCUCCUCUAAAAGAAGAAGAAGACCCUAAUCUGCAGUUUUAUCAUACCUAUAAGGACCUAACGUGCUCCGCAAGUUCAUCUCUUGAAAGUUACUCAGGAUUGUUUGGUAUCAAAACACCAAAACUAGAAAGCGGUGGCAUUCCCGGGACAUCUUCUGAUCCCAACGUACAAUACAGCAAUCUCAGUUUCCUAAAUGAUCCAAAGCUUCAGCAACUAGCUGAGUGGAACCUAUUAGGAAGCCCUGCAGAUUACUACGUUAGCCAGAUCUUGGAAGCUUCUUAUAGGCCUCAGUUUGGAGGAAACUGGCCUUCAUCUGAGAUGUCAAAUUAUCCUUUCACCGUCUUUGAUGAUCCUCUGCUUUCAAAGCAGCCAACCCUAUAAGUAGCUCUGGAAAAACACGAAGCGUUGGUCCGAAAACGGGCCUUGUAUUGAGCAGUCACGAGAAUGCGAAAGAAGCUAGAAUUGAUGAGUUGCUAGUGAAACAAAAAAAAAAUACUAAAAAUAUAUGAUACAGUGCCAAAUUGCUUGUUAGGUACCGAGCUUGGAUCAUUCAUAAAUUGUAAGAAAAUAUUAAUGAGAUUCUAGAUUAUAGUUUGUUUGUCA